AUGACCAAAGAGCAACUUGAAAAGUCGAAGCGAUUACUGAGAUCUGGUUUGAAGCCGGCAUCCGUUUUAGAUGUGAUUAAAAGUGACUUUGGAGAUGAGAUUUGUCUAGUGAUAGAAAAGGAUCUUGUGAACAUCCAACAGUCUGAGCGCGUACAAAAAAGAUGGACUGAUGGAACUGGAAGGUCUUGGAGAGAUUUGAGCGUGCACGAUUUCAGACUCGAGUAG